AGGGAUGAAACGGUGAAGAGCACUCCUAUAUCUCAAACUUCAGAUGCAACUCUUUUGCCAUGCCACGUGGCAGCAACACAUUCCAAACAAAAUUGCACAUUUCAUUAGGAACUGGUAGGCUACCUUGACUCUACCAAUAGCCCCUCUGUUACUGCAGAUGCAAUAGGCCUCAGUUAUUCCUGGUGAAAAUCUUCACUCUACAAAGUCAGCAAAAGAACUGUUCCCAAGCUUUCAAGCAGUGUGAAGAUUCAAAAAACAACCAACCAACCUCUCUCCAUCACGAAGUUUCUGUUUUGCUAUUGUAGCAUACAAUUACACAGUAGUGUCCACCGCAUCAGCUCUGCCCUACUUUGGUGCCAGACUAUCUUUGUGUUUCUGUCAUAAGACUUCUGUAGUCCAUUUCAUUGUGCUAACACCAUGCCACUAUUUUCAGUUAGAGCUGCUUUUGAAUGUCUUUUUAUCUUUUAUGACUCUCAUGCCAACAAAUAUUGUGCAGUAAACAUGCUUUCUCAAUGUCACAUGAUCUCCUCAGCAAAACUGUACUGUCAGCAUCUAUUCGUUAUGUUUUUUCUUACUGAUAGCCAUUUUCAGUUUCUUUAGUAAAAUUAAAACAUAACACCCCAUGUCACAGACUCCAUGGUCCUGAACUUUGGAGCAUAAGUGCUUGUAAAAAAAAAAAUGCAUUUCUUUUCAUUUUAGAAAAAAAAGUGACUAAUAAAAUAAUGUGUAGGAGUUCUUCUGACUACCUCCUGCACUCCCUUCAUCUUUUCCUGAAUGAGAGAUGACCUCUGAAAAGGAGCAUUUCCUUCAGUUUUUUGCUUCAGUAAUUUACAACAAACCUUUGAACAGUGAGAAUCUUGAUCAUUUCUGGACACGUGUUUCUAUAAAAGGCUUUUCCCUGACGGGCACAAAGGCUAUCACAAUCAGCCGUCCUGAAUCAUCUGGACAAAAUAUGAAAUUUGUUGGUGUAGGUGUUUCUUUCUUCAUUCUCUUCUCCCUCAGUGCCCUUUGGAAUACAGGGGCUCAAGACUCUUGCUCACAUCAAUGUGGAGAGCUUCUUGGUACCUGUUCUUGCCAGGUGACGUGCCAGUCCUUGGGGAUUUGUUGUCCUGAUUAUAAUGAAUUUUGUCUUCAAAUUUCUCCGUACUCAGGAUCUCUGAUGGGAGGCAAAGACAUUUUGAUUGAAAAUACAGCUUUUAAUACCUCUGUGAUAAUGUGCAGGUUCAAGAAGAAAAUCAAAACCAGUGGCUAUGUUGGUAAGGAUGGAAAAGCCCACUGUAUCUCCCCAUUGCUGUAUGAAACUGGUUUCAUCCCCUUUGAAGUUUCUACAGAUGACGGGCUGACAUUUCCGUACUCUGGAACUUGGUUAUCAGUACAUCACAGCAAAGUUCCGGAUGGAGAAAAAUGCACGUUGGUAAAUGAGACAAAAUGGCAAUACUAUGGCACCCCCAACAUUGAUGGAAACUUAACUCUCACCUGGACACACCAGGCACUUACAGCAACCCAUAUCAACAUAGAAGUCUGGGGUUACCAGGAAACAGGUGACAGUUACUCAGAAAACUGGUUUGCCAAGUGGGAAUAUCUUUAUACUUUGGCAAGAGAAACCCCUAAUACUGGGACAUUUUCUUUCAUUCCUGUACCUGCUAAAGCAAAUUACAGUACUUGGGACUUUGGAAUUUUGAGAAUUACACCCAGCACCUAUUCUGAUGGGCAGAGCAACACUCCAUCAGUCUGGAGCUCAGAGCAUGCAUUGGCUUGGCACCUUGGGGAAGACUUCAGAAAUGACCCAAUUGCAUGGGCAACUGCAAAAUGUGUAGAAUGGGACAGGAAAGAGGAGAAGCUUCCAAAUUUCUUGGAAGAAAUUAUAGAUUGCCCUUGCACCUUGUCACAGGCAAGAGCUGAUGCUGGAAGGUUCCAUACAGAUUAUGGCUGUGACAUUGAAAAAGGGAGCGUGUGUACUUAUCACCCUGGUGCUGUGCAUUGUGUAAGAGCCAUUCAAGCCAGUCCUGUGUAUGCAGCAGGCCAGCAGUGUUGCUAUGACUCCACAGGGGCCCAAAUCCUCACACAAGACUCCACAGGAGGCAGCACACCUGAUCGAGGCCAUGACUGGGGUUCACCACCUUUCAUGAAGCCUCCCCGGAUACCUGGCUUUUCCCAUUGGCUUUACGAUGUCAUCAGCUUCUACUAUUGUUGUCUGUGGUCUGAUAAUUGUCACUUCUAUAUGAAAAACCGUCCCUCCAGUGACUGCAGGACAUAUCGCCCGCCUCGAGCUGCAUCUGCCUUUGGGGAUCCCCACUUCCUCACAUUUGAUGGUCUGAACUUCACUUUUAAAGGACAAGGGGAAUACACGUUGGUAGAGUCUGAUCUCACAUCCCUAAGGGUGCAAGGAAGGACCCAGCAGGCACACUUUCCCAAUGGAACUGAAGCUCAGGUGACAGGCUUGUCUGCAGUGGCCAUGCAGGAGAACAACUCUGAUGUGAUUGAAGUACGCUACUCAGAGGAUUUGAAUCUGGAGGUCCUGUUGAACCAAAAGGUGGUCAACUUCUCUGAGCAAAGGUGGAUGGACCUGAAAGGUCUCUUUCUCCAUUCUACAGCUGACCAGAAGAUUACAGUGAUGUUCUCUUCUGGGUCUGGAGUAGAGAUAAGGGGAAGUGGAGGAUUCUUGACCCUGACAGUUUUGCUCCCAGAUAAGUUUAUGAAUCACACACAGGGUCUCUUUGGAGUGAUGAAUGGUAAUACAGAAGAUGAGUAUACCUUUAAGAAUAAAACAGCCAUAUCAGUUAAUGCAAGUCCUCAGCAGUUGUUUGAGUUUGGAGCUAACUGGGCUGUUGAAAAUGGAACUUCUCUCUUUACUUAUGACACAGAGUUUUUAUUGAACGAUUUCUUUUAUGGGGAAAAGCACAAUACUUCCUUUCUGCCAGUGUUCUUUCCUUAUGAAGACCCUGCUGAUCCCUUGGUGAAAGAGAUGGUCUUGGUCUGUGACUCUGACCCAUUCUGCAGAUUCGAUGUCCUGACAACAAGAAGUCUUCAAGUGGGAAAUUUCACAAGAUUAUCUCAUCAGAAUCACAAGCAGUUGAUAGAAAAUCUAAAGCCAGUGAUUUCUUGUGGCUGGCUGGAUCAUCCAACCAACGGAAGAAAAGAUGGAACAAACUACCUGCUGGGCUCAACCAUCCAUUUCAUCUGCAAUCAGGGCUAUGAACUCAUUGGAUCGAAAGAAAUAAUCUGUCAAGUGACAGGAGUCUGGUCUGGAGACAUACCUAAUUGUAUCCUGAGAACAGAUAUCAAACAAGUAAUUCUUCUUGGUUGUGUAUUUGGAAUUGUCGGUCUUGCAGUCCUGGCACGUCUAACUUUCCUGUGUAGAAAGAAGGGACACAAGGGCAACCAGAAGCUUGUUUCAGAGGUUCCAGUAACAUCUCAACAAGAAAAUGAAAUUUCAGAGAAGUUUUUAAUGAAAUAUGGAGAAAGCAUAACAGAGGAAUAAAUUGUCCACAGCAACAAAGAUGGAAGCAGUGGUUUUACAUAGUAUGUUAUAAUUUAAUUUCUGCUUUCUAUAUAAUGACUGUUCAAUUGCAUGGGAAAUGCUAACUACCUUUCAGGGGUUUUAUCAUGGCAGGCUCAUCCUACUGUGUUCCAAAAGCCAAGGACAAUGCUUCUGAAAGAAUCAAAGCUAUAUGCAUUAGUUUCUUCUAUCAGUCACAUCUCUGCCAGCAGAACCAGAGUUUUGACAAAAUCAGAAGAAUUUGUGAUUCUCUGUACUUCUCUUCUUUUAGUCUUUCACUUGAAAGCUGGUGAAAUGAAAAUAAUCCUAGCCUAUAAUGCUAGCCAUUAUCAGAGAGAGACACACCUUCUCUGGGGCCAUGUAAAGCUCAUUUAGAAAGAUGUGAAAGUGUAUGCAGUCAGAUGGACUAUUUCGCAAGUCAGGUUGAAUUUGCAGAUUGUUGGCUUUAUGGUUUUUGUUUGUUUGCUUGUUUUAAGUAGGGAGGUAGAGAAACUAAAGAUACUUAAACAUUGCAUUCUUGUAUUUUGGCAAGUCACUGAGUACAUGCUCCGAGUGGCAUUUUUGUUUCAUUACUGAUCUAAUUUUAAAAGGAUGCAAUUGAGGGGAAGGAGAGGAAGUAUUCAGAAAAUGAAACCUUUCCUUGCAGGCUAACUUACAAUGAUUUUUAAAAUUGAUUUUUAUUCAACUGUCCAAUUAGGUUUCACUUUCAGAACAAACAAACAAAAAAACCCUGUUAUCUGCACAGUUCUGCUUGCAAUGUUUUUUUCUUGAAUAACAUAAAUAUGCAUAGUUGUGAAUUAAAAGACUCCAUGGUUACUUUUUAAAAUAUCUAGCUGUAUUACAGUAAGUUUCAUUCUUGUAAUUAAAAAGUGAUUUCUGAACUAUUAGCUUGUACAGAAUAUUUUUACCAAAAAAAUGGACCGACAUCCCAAAGGGUUUCUGAAAUCAGUUGUGUAUUGUGCAACUCUUUCUGAUAAUUAAAUAAGAAUUGCUAGC